AUGAUACCUAAACAACUACCGAGAUUGUUAGGCGUACGCGAUUUGGUGAAAAUAUACGGUUUAACAGCAAGGGCUCAACUAAGUCAAAAUUUUAUCUUAGAUAAAAAUAUUACAGAUAAAAUUGUAAAAUGCGCAAAUAUAAGUCAAAAUGAUAAGCUCGUCAUUGAAGUUGGACCUGGACCUGGUUCGUUAACAAGGUCAUUAUUAGAAACAGGAAUUUCCAACAUCGUAGCCAUAGAAAAAGAUUCUCGAUUCUUACCUGUCCUUAUGCAAUUGGUUGAAGUUUCAGAACAUACUUUGAAAAUAAUAAAAGGUGACAUGUUAAAAAUCGAUCAUGAAAAGAUUAUGGAAGCUGCGCAAAUACGCGAAACCUUAAGUUCAGAUUCUAGUUUACAUCUAAUUGGAAAUCUUCCAUUUAAUGUUGCAACUCCACUUCUCGGACAAUGGAUAAAUAUGUUGUCAAAUCGAUCGGGAAUAUUUAAAUUUCCUAACAUUAAAAUGACUUUAAUGUUUCAAAAAGAAGUUGGAGAUAGAAUUGUUGCCGAUACAACUAGUUCACGACGUGGUCGGAUGUCAGUCUUGGUACAAAGUUUUUGUGAUGUUAAAAAGAUUUACGAAGUUCCUUCAAGUGUAUUUGUACCUCGUCCAAAGGUUGACGCAAGCGUAAUUCAAUUAACGGCUUUAAAAAAUCCAUUAUUGCAAGGUAAAAUUUCACCUUCAGACAUAAUGGAAAGCACAGACAGGAUUGUGGAAAUCACCGACGAAAACAAAAUUGAGGAAAUUAAUGAUGAAACAAAAAAGGAAAAUAUAGAGAGUGAAAGUAUUAGUAGCAAUUCAAAACAGAUCGUUGAGGAAUCUACGGAUAAAAAAAAAACUGCUACUGUUGAAUCGGAGGAAGAUUCCGAAGAAGAUCUCCCAGAAUUAGAAGAGGAGACCAUGGUUCCUCCUGGAAUUACCCCAGCUGAUAUUUCCAAAAUUCAGAGUCGUGGUGAAAAGAAGGCUCGUAAGGCAAUGCUGAAAUUAGGGUUAAAAGUUGUACCAGGGAUUAAUCGUGUCACCAUCCGAAGACCAAAAAAUAUUCUUUUUGUUGUUUCCAAUCCUGAUGUCUAUAAAUCUGCCAAUUCUGACUGUUACAUUGUGUUUGGUGAAGCCAAAAUUGAGGAUCUUAAUUCUCAAGCUCAAGCUAAUGCCGCUCAACAAUUCCAAGCUGCAGAAGCUGCGGCUACUGCUCAAGAAGUCACCAAGGUAGACGAAGAAACUGUUGAGGAAGACGAAGAUGAUUUGAAUGUGGACGAAUCUAAUGUUGAGGCUAAGGAUAUUGAGUUGGUUAUGAGUCAAGCGAACGUGUCUCGGCCUAAGGCGGUAAAGGCACUGAAGAAUAAUACUACCUCUUCAAAUGGUUAUGAUUCUUAUAAUACUUCAGAGCAUACAGGUUUAAUAGAAAGUUCGGACCACGUUAUAGAACUUUCCGUCUUACCACCAAAAUGGGUGGAUAUAGUUGGUGAGGUGGACGAUGAUAUCGAACAAAUAAAAAACCUAAUUCCAACGUUAGAAUCUCUUCAUAAGAAACAUGUUCUCCCAGGAUUUGAUGAUAGAACUACGGAAGAAGAUGAGAUAGAACGAUUAACAGACGAAAUCACACACUUAUUUCAACAAUGCCAACGGAAAAUUAAACGAAUUGCUGAAAGUUUAUCAUCAGCAGCAUCAAAUCAAGAACGAGCAAUGAGCAAAAAUAUUCAAACAUCAUUAGCUUCAAAAUUACAAGAUUUAUCAUCGGGCUUUCGAAAACAACAAGCAUUGUACAUGAAAAAACUUAAAGGAAGAGAGUCUAAGAGUUCAGGAUUAUUUUCAAUAGAAAGCAACGAUUCAAAUGAGGACGAUUUGGAAUUGGGAUUUACUUCAAAUCAACUUGCAGUUGUGGAAUCUUCGGAAGCAAUUAUUUCGCAGCGAGAACGAGAAAUAAAUGAAAUCGCAAAAUCUAUAUACACAAUAGCAGAAAUUUUUAGAGAUCUUCAAGCACUUGUUAUUGAUCAAGGAACAUUGUUAGAUCGAAUUGAUUAUAAUGUUGAACAAAUGAAUGUUGAUGUUAAAUCAGCUGUCAGAGAAUUAGAUAAGCCUCGUCGACAUCAUUAA